AAGUCCAACCCCUCCGUACCCUUGCUUAGCUAAUACCGCCAUCGAUAAUUUAUUCCUCUUUUCGUACUUUUCUGUACUUACGAUACUCCACAUCCACAUGCCACUCUUGGAAUCUUUUGCACCGGAACAGCUUGGGCGUAAAUCAGUUAUGAAAUAAACCCCUCCUAAUUUCCAUUCACAUUCCCACCCGAUAUGUCUUCACCAAAAGAAGGCGUUAAUCCUCUGCGCCCUUAUUAUAUACCGCCCUCUAUAGGAGAGCAGGUUGGGGCUCUCCCGUCCCAACCGAAUCCGUUUUCACAUGGAAAUGUUACCACUACACCAGCAGCGGUAGCAACGACAUCGAACAAAUAUGCAUCCAGGGCGCGUGACAUAUUUCCAGAUAUAGAUUACAAGGACCACCUAGAGGACUUCUCCCCUUCGACUGUCCAGUCUAUCAAAAGCCUAGUCGACGAGUUAAUAUGGAAGUAUACAUCCGUCGUUAUGGCCCAACCUUUCGAGGUAGCCAAGACGAUCUUACAAGUGAGACUUCAAGAUGAUGUAGGAGGCUUAAGCAAUUCGAACUCGUCUAAGGGCUUGCGUGCUCCAAGCAUACCAACCCUUACCGACGAACCUAAAGCUAGCCCAAGCCUUAUCAGUCCAAAGAACGUAUGGGAAGAGGGUGCCGACUCCGAUUCUGACCCGGAGGAGGCCGCAUACUUCACUACUAAUACUCCAUAUACACCUACGCCGUCCUCACGGUCGAAACGAAGAGCAUCGUCGCCGAUAGAUCGUCCGAAGUCACCUACGAGGCCCGCACUCCUUCCACAUCAGCUUGCUCUCAAGAGGCCCGAUUCCAUACUUGAUGUGAUAUCCCAGCUAUGGUCAAAAGAGUCGAUGUGGGGAGUUUGGAAGGGGACCAACGCUACAUUCCUCUAUACAGUGCUGCAGUCACUACUAGAGAACUGGUCGCGAAGUCUCCUAAGUGCGUUAUUCAACGUUCCAGAUUUGGGACUUAAGGAUGACGUCGACAGACUGGUCGAUAUCGCAUCGCCUUACCCAUGGGCUUCCCUUUGCGUAGCUGCCGCGGCUGCUGUCGCAACCGGACUUGCUCUGGCCCCUCUCGAUCUUGUCCGGACGAGAUUAAUUGUCACAUCCACUGGACGGGCGCCACGUCGCACACUAGCAACUCUGAGGGCUCUCCCUUCGUGGAUUUGUCCUUCAUCCCUGAUAGCCCCCACCAUCCUGAACUCUCUCGUCCACCCAUUCCUCACACUAUCCACACCCCUCGUUCUCCGCUCGCAGUUCCUUAUCGACCGCGAGCAAUCGCCUAUGACAUUUUCUGUCGCCAAAUUUUGCACUUCGUGCGCGUCACUAUUUGUCAAGUUACCUUUAGAAACGGUACUUCGUCGCGGCCAGAUGGUGGUUCUACAGGACCACACCUAUCUCGAGGCCCUGGAUGAAAAUGGCAAGAUGGACGCCAUCAUUGAACCCGGGCCGUGCAACGGCGUGUUCGGAACUAUGUACACUAUCGUCGCCGACGAAGGCUCUCGCGCUGCCUAUGCUGUGCCGACUAAGACGUCGCCUCGCAAUAGGAAAGCGAAGCAGCCUAAGGUGGCCGAGGUGGUGUAUAAAAGGGGUCAGGGGUUCGAGGGACUUUGGAGAGGGUGGAAGGUCAGUUGGUGGGGACUUGUGGGUCUUUGGACUGCCAGCGUCGCAGGAGGCGGCGGCGAAGGUGAAUUUUAAGACCCCUACCACUCCGCACAUUUAGUGUUGCCAAGAUGGUUUUAGUGAAAUUUGGGAGACGACCGGGGUUGCGUCAUCAGUAAAUAAGAGAAACGGAGUUGAGGUGUUGAGGUAUGACGGGCCUCGUGCCAUUCCCUACUCAAACAUGGGCUUAUAUUGCGUGUGAAGGAAAAAGAAAAAUAAGAAAAGCAGCAGCGAAAGCAGAGCAAGAGCAAAUGCAUUUCACGAGAUACGCUUGAUAUCCCCCCCACCCCCUAUUCGAAAUGUACGAAAUAAACGAACAUACGAAUGAACAAACGAGACGGAUUCUAUGUGUCUGGCAUAGACCUAUACAAAGUUUUUGAAUAAAAGUUUAUAAAGAUGA